UUAUUCCUUGGAAUAAUUUUUUUUAUAUAUAAGCGAGAAAUAAAGAGAAUAAAGAUCUGUUCUUUUUUUUGGUUACAAGAAUAAAGAUCUGUUCUCUGUGCUUUGUUUUACCAAAUUUCACCUUUAUCAAAAUUGCAGUCUUUGCAGACCCUUUUUUUUCUGCUUUGCCUUUCUCUCAAUCUGUUAUACUAAAAGAGAUCUUGAGGUGGGCUUUUGUUCAUUUCAAUGGAGUUUGUGCUCUGAAGUCUAAACCAGCCUCUCUAUCGCUUUCUCUAUAUCUGUUUCUGGUGAUUUUGAUCAUAAAGUUUCGAGCUUUACAGUGUUUCGGAUCAAAUAAAGGGCUAGAAGCACCAUGGCUGUUGCUGAGAAUGCACCCAGUUUUGAUAACUCAUCGGAGUCCAAUGCCCAGAACGAUCUUGAAAACCCAAAACCCAAAAUGGACUCGUCGGCUGUUGUGAGUGUUGAGCCCAAUUUACAGUCCAACGGUGGUGACGAUGAUCAGAGUUGUGAGCUGGACAAGAGCCAGGAGGAGGGUUUGUCAGACCCCAACAGCAACCACAAGGCUCAAAUGGGGCAGAUGCAAAAUGGGAGAGAGUCCAAUGGGGUGGCUGAUGAUGAUCAUCAGGUGGUGAAGUCUGGUGGGUAUGGGACUGAUCAGAGCUCUAAUGGGGAUGAGAAUUACAAGAGGGAUAUGAGGGAUUUGGAGGAGUUGUUGUCCAAGUUGAAUCCUAUGGCUCAGGAAUUCAUACCUCUAAGCCUUGCCAACAACAACAACAACCAGGGGUAUGCUCUUCCUGGUGGAUUUGGCUAUACUAACAAUCUGGUGCUGCACACCAAUGGAAUUGGAUUCAUGGGCAAAAGGCAGAAGAAGAAUGGCUAUAGUAAUCAAGCAAGGAGAAGGAACUAUUACAAACUGAGUUUGGCGCAGAGAGAGGAGAUGAUUAGGAGGACUGUGUAUGUUUCUGACAUUGACCAACAGGUUACUGAAGAGAACCUAGCUGCUCUGUUCAUUAAUUGCGGACAAGUUGUAGACUGUCGUGUAUGCGGUGAUCCUAAUUCUGUUCUUCGAUUUGCCUUUAUUGAGUUUACAGAUGAAGAAGGUGCAAUGGCUGCUUUGAGUCUGUCAGGAACCAUGCUUGGCUAUUAUCCUGUAAGAGUGCUGCCUUCCAAAACUGCAAUUGCACCUGUCAACCCAACAUUUUUGCCCAGGUCAGACGAUGAACGUGAGAUGUGCUCAAGAACUAUAUAUUGUACUAAUGUUGACAAGAAGGUUACUCAAGCAGAUGUCAAACUGUUUUUUGAAUCACUGUGUGGAGAGGUUCAACGCCUGAGGCUCCUUGGAGACUAUCAUCAUUCCACUCGCAUUUGUUUUGUUGAGUUUACAGUGGCUGAAAGUGCAAUUGCAGCUCUUAAUUGUAGUGGUGUAGUUCUGGGAUCACUGCCCAUAAGGGUCAGCCCGUCAAAGACACCUGUGCGCCCUCGUGCUCCUCCUCGCUCUCCAUCACAGUAGACCUGCCUAUCGUUGCUGGACUAAUUUCCCGCUGAUAGAUAUAUUUAUAUAUGCAGACAUAGAUACAGAUAUGUCCACGUAUUUGUAUUUAUCUAUGCUUCUGUUCGUCUGGUUGCUGUUGGGUACCUUUGUUACCUACAACUACUAUAGGUUACUUGUGGAUUAUUUUGGUUUUGUAGAGUUGGAUGGAAUUCUGAGGCGCUGAAUGAUUUUAUUUAUCUUGCACAUUAUGAGGAAAUCUGGAGGAAUGGUGCCCGAAAUCU